UGAUCAGUCAUCUUUUCUGGAACCUAAAGUUGAUCCCCGUACUCUGUAUCAAAAAGACAAAGUGUUUCAAUAACUGAUAUAUUUUCGGGUAAUUACUUAGGUCAAGUCGCGAGUAGCUCGUGGUGUUUAAACGCGUAAAAAAUCAUCGGAAGUCUCCAUUUGACCUACGUGGUGUCUGUGAGUUUUGAAGGAGGCCAUCUUUGCAAUCUCCUAUCAGAGGUCCUUGGCUCGAGGUUUCAUUGUCUGGUGAAAAGCCAGUAUUUAUUACACAUACACUCCGUCAAAUGGCUUUAAAACGAAUUAAUAAGGAACUACAAGACCUCGGCAGAGAUCCUCCCGCACAAUGUUCAGCAGGACCUGUUGGAGAUGAUUUAUUUCACUGGCAAGCCACAAUUAUGGGACCACCUGAUAGUCCAUACCAAGGAGGAGUAUUCUUUUUAACAAUUCAUUUCCCAACAGACUAUCCGUUCAAACCGCCUAAAGUUGCGUUUACUACAAGAAUUUAUCAUCCAAACAUAAACAGUAAUGGUAGCAUUUGUCUUGAUAUACUACGUUCGCAGUGGUCACCAGCACUUACAAUUUCAAAAGUACUCUUAUCAAUCUGCUCACUUUUGUGUGACCCAAAUCCAGAUGAUCCAUUAGUACCAGAAAUCGCUAGGAUAUAUAAAACUGACCGGGAAAAGUACAACGAGCUAGCGCGCGAGUGGACUCGCAAAUAUGCUAUGUGAUGCCCCGGCCCCCAAACCCCACACUUCACACUUUAGAUAAAAACAACUUAUUUAAUUGCAACACUCGGAGGGGAUAAGCCAGCGUCGAUUAUUUCUGUCAAGUUGUAUAUUUGCUUUGGACUGUGCUCCCUCCGCCACUUACUACCACAGUAUCCAUUGGGGUUUAAAGUGUUCAAAAAUCAUUUAUAAUCUACAUUAAAUUUGAAAUUACUUUGUUUGAAUUGAAUAUAUUGUGGUUGUAAGAAGUCAAGUGUUGGGUUGCGUUUUUCUUUCCCACUUGCACCCGACUUCCUUGCUGGAGUAGUGAAAGUGCGUGUUGCUUGUUUGUUUGAUAUAAACACUUGGCAGGCAUUUUUAGUACUUGAUGAUUUCAACGUCGGGUCCCGGAUUUUCUAUCCAGCGUAUGGAUGACACUCAUAUACUAAUAUAAUUGUUAGAUAAAUUAAUAUGUAGGUUUUGUGGUUCAACUAGGUGUAUUGUAAUAAAUGAUUUUUUUCUCUA